AUGGACACGACGACGCCGUCUCGCCACUCGGUCGGCUACCCGGCCACGACGCCCUCUGAGCCCAUCACCUCGACGGUGGACACCAGCGCGCUGCGACAUGGCACCGUGUUUGAAAAGGAGCGCGAGAGGCUCAUCACCGAUAUUGCACAGGGGAUCGAAUCGCUCAUGUCAUCGAGCAAUGCACUCAACCGCAAGCUGGAGGAGAGCAUCUCGGUCGGCAAAGAAUUCGAACCCAUCGCCGGGCUGUGGGGUCGUUUCUCUGAGUUGAUGACGGCCGUCGGGAUCCCCGAUCCGUAUGCGGACAGGUACCAGCAGCAACAACGUCCAGCCUCGUCCAAGCAGCAGCAACAGCAACAGCAGCAGCAGGGCAAGACAGGGGCAACCCAGACCGAAGAGGAGGAUCGGGACGCGCAGGCAAGGAGCCUCCGUCGCUCCACAAACGAAGACAAGAGAGGCGGCACCUUGAGCGCCAGCACGAUCGAGCAUACCCUCCCGCCGGGCGUCGCUCCCGGUGGAGGCACCAUCUACGAAUAG